AUAAGAAAAAGGCUGUUUUUGUUUCCAGUGAGCUGCUGCGAAAAUGGCGGUGUCUCGUCGCUCAUCGCAGCAACAACAGCUGGGUAACAUGCAAUCUCCGCCACGAAACAGUUCUCUUUCUGUAAGUCCUCCGGACUCUCUGCCAAUUGAUAUUGUGGCAGCGACGUCAGUGCCCCCGGAUGGUGAGCGUGGAUGCAGCGCAGGCAUGGAGAAUCCUUCGGGCUCUCCGGAUCUUCCAGCCCCGGCCCUCAGCACUGGGAGCAGCACAAGCCCGACCACAACAACCUCCGGCGGGGAGAGUAGUAUUGUCUCGAGCCCCGGUUCAGGAGGCACGAGCCCCGGCGACGGCAGUAGCGGGAUCGGUGGAGCUUUCAGGGAUCUAUUUGAGGCCUGUCGGAAUGGAGACGUAUCCCGUGUGAAGAGACUUGUAGACUCGGUGAAUGUUAAUGCGAAGGACAUGGCCGGGCGAAAAUCUACCCCUCUACAUUUCGCUGCAGGUUUUGGACGAAAGGAUGUGGUUGAGCACCUUUUACAGACUGGAGCUAAUGUGCAUGCUAGAGACGACGGUGGUCUCAUUCCCCUUCACAACGCCUGCUCCUUUGGCCAUGCCGAGGUGGUCAGUCUCCUGCUGUGCCAAGGUGCAGACCCCAAUGCACGGGACAACUGGAACUACACACCUCUGCACGAGGCAGCCAUCAAAGGCAAGAUUGAUGUGUGCAUCGUGCUCCUCCAGCAUGGCGCCGAUCCCAACAUCCGUAAUACGGACGGCAAGUCUGCUCUGGAUCUGGCAGACCCCUCUGCCAAGGCUGUGCUCACUGGUGAGUACAAGAAGGAUGAACUCCUGGAAGCAGCAAGGAGUGGCAACGAGGAGAAACUGAUGGCACUACUGACCCCGUUAAAUGUCAACUGCCAUGCCAGUGAUGGCCGCAAGUCAACAUCCCAAAAAAUGCUGUCCACCCCACUGCACCUGGCGGCUGGUUACAACCGCGUACGCAUCGUCCAGCUACUGCUGCAGCACGGGGCAGAUGUCCAUGCCAAGGACAAAGGUGGCCUGGUCCCUCUUCACAACGCCUGCUCCUAUGGACACUUUGAGGUCACAGAGCUUCUUCUCAAGCAUGGAGCGUGUGUGAAUGCCAUGGACCUGUGGCAGUUCACCCCUCUCCACGAGGCCGCAUCUAAGAACCGUGUGGAAGUGUGUUCUCUGCUGCUGAGCCACGGGGCUGACCCCAACCUGCUCAAUUGCCACAGCAAGAGUGCCAUGGACUUGGCCCCCACCCCUGAACUCAAAGAGCGGCUCACCUAUGAGUUUAAAGGUCAUUCGCUGCUCCAGGCAGCUCGGGAGGCAGACAUGGCCAAGGUGAAGAAGACUCUGGCUCUGGAGAUCAUUAGCUUCAAACACCCACAGACCAACGAGACAGCCCUGCACUGUGCCGUUGCUUCCCCUCACCCCAAACGGAAGCAGGUGACCGAGCUGCUACUGCGUAAAGGUGCCAACGUCAACGAGAAGAACAAAGACUUCAUGACGACUCUGCAUGUAGCGGCUGAGAGAGCACACAACGACAUCCUGGACGUGCUGCAGAAACAUGGAGCCAAGGUAAAUGCGGUGGACACCCUGGGGCAGACAGCCCUCCACAGGGCAGCCCUGGCGGGCCACAUCCAGACAUGCAAGCUACUGCUGAGCUACGGGGCCGACCCGGCCAUCGUCUCCCUGCAGGGCUUCACUGCCUCACAGAUGGGCAACGAGGCCGUGCAGCAGAUCCUCAAUGAAAAUAUUCCAACUCGUAACUCUGAUGUGGACUACCGGUUUCUGGAAGCCGCCAAGGCUGGAGAUUUGGACACUGUGCAGCAACUCUGCACUCCUCAGAACGUGAACUGUCGGGACCUGGAGGGUCGUCACUCUACCCCUCUGCACUUUGCUGCAGGCUACAACCGUGUGGCCGUGGUGGAGUACCUACUGCAUCACGGAGCUGACGUACAUGCUAAAGACAAAGGUGGUCUGGUGCCCCUCCACAACGCCUGCUCCUACGGUCACUAUGAGGUGGCUGAGCUGCUGGUGAGACACGGGGCAUCGGUGAACGUAGCUGACCUCUGGAAGUUCACCCCGCUCCACGAGGCUGCCGCCAAGGGCAAAUACGAGAUCUGCAAACUGCUGCUCAAGCAUGGAGCGGACCCCACCAAGAAGAACCGUGAUGGUAACAUGCCUCUGGACAUGGUGAAGGAUGGCGACACGGACAUCCAGGACCUGCUGAGAGGAGACGCUGCGCUGCUGGACGCUGCUAAGAAGGGCUGUCUGGCCCGCGUCCAGAAACUCUGCAGCCCAGAGAACAUCAACUGUAGAGACACACAGGGACGGAACUCCACCCCCCUGCACCUCGCAGCUGGCUACAACAACCUGGAGGUGGCGGAGUAUCUCCUGGAGCACGGGGCUGACGUCAAUGCGCAGGACAAAGGAGGCCUCAUCCCCCUGCACAACGCUGCCUCCUAUGGGCACGUGGACAUUGCUGCCCUUCUGAUAAAGUUCAACACAUGUGUGAACGCUACAGAUAAAUGGGCCUUCACCCCGCUCCACGAAGCAGCUCAGAAGGGCCGUACCCAGCUGUGUGCUCUGCUGCUGGCCCACGGAGCAGACCCCACCAUGAAGAACCAGGAGGGACAGACCGCACUGGACCUGGCUACGGCUGAUGACAUCCGUGCCCUGCUGAUGGAUGCCAUGCCCCCGGAUGCCCUGCCCAGCUGCUUCAAGCCCCAGGCCACAGUGGUCAGUGCAGGCUCGGUCAUCUCCCCAGCCUCCACGCCCUCUUGCCUGUCUGCAGCCAGCAGCAUCGACAACCUGACUGGGCCCCUCAAUGAGCUCGGGGCCACAGGGACCUCCGGAGUGGCCGACGGGGCCGCAGGCUCCGACAGGAAGGAGGGUGAAUUGGCGAUGUUGGACAUGAACAUCGGUCAGUUCCUGAAGAGCUUGGGUCUGGAGCAUAUAAGGGAAAUCUUUGAGAGAGAACAGAUCUCUCUGGAUGUGCUGGCUGACAUGGGUCACGAGGAACUGAAGGAGAUUGGGAUCAACGCUUACGGCCACCGACACAAACUCAUCAAGGGAGUGGAGAGGCUGCUGGGGGGACAACAAGGUGCCAACCCGUACCUGACAUUCCACUGUGCCAACCAGGGCACGGUCCUCAUCGAUCUAGCCCCUGACGACAAAGAGGGCCAAUCAGUGGAGGAGGAGAUGCAAAGUAGCAUCAGAGAACACCGGGAUGGAGGGAACGCAGGAGGGGUGUUCAGCAGAUACAACGUCAUCAAGAUCCAGAAGGUGGUCAACAAGAAGCUGCGGGAGCGAUACACACACCGCCAGAAGGAGAUAUCGGACGAGAACCACAACCACCACAAUGAGCGCAUGCUCUUCCAUGGUUCUCCGUUCAUAAAUGCCAUCAUCCACAAAGGUUUUGACGAGCGGCAUGCGUACAUCGGAGGGAUGUUUGGAGCAGGGAUCUACUUUGCUGAGAACUCCUCUAAGAGUAACCAGUAUGUUUAUGGCAUCGGGGGUGGCACCGGAUGCCCCACUCACAAAGACCGCUCCUGUUACCUGUGCCACAGGCAGAUGUUAUUCUGCCGUGUAACCCUGGGGAAGUCCUUCCUCCAGUUCAGUGCCAUGAAGAUGGCCCACGCCCCCCCUGGACAUCACUCUGUGAUUGGCCGGCCCAGCGUCAACGGCCUGGCCUACGCAGAGUAUGUCAUCUACAGAGGAGAGCAGGCCUACCCAGAGUAUCUCAUCACCUAUCAGAUCCUUAAGCCGGAGAGUACGGCCGCGUCUGCUGCAGGAGCGGAGCAGAAGUCUUAGUCCUGCACCACCAGACCAAUCUCACACAGUUACUGAACACAGUCCUCCUGACCCACAACACACAAGACUGAGGCUUUUUAGUGUUUUGUCUCUAUGCUUUUUUGUUUUAUUGUAAUGUCUAAACCUUUUUUAAAUUUUCUUCACAGCCUGAGUUCCAGUUCAAUUCUUCUUGUCCAGUAGAGUUAACAGUAGACUGCUCAGGUGACAUAUGAAGUAUACUGUAAUAUAUUAUCUGCUUGUGGUGAUAGUUUUUCGGUUUCCUUUGCAUUGGCUGCAUGCAUAGACAGACGCAUGUAUAGCCCAAUAGCGUGUGUGGGUUCCCCACUAGCUACCCCUGGAGAGGGUUGUAGAGAUUCACCCUCUCGUCUGCCCUACAGUGUCAGAAUAUUAACAAUUCGCUACCAUUCUCACCUUAUCAUGCCUUGUGACUUGGAGAAUUCCCUCUCUUCAACCCUGUUGUUUUCAACCAGAGUAUGUAACUCCUGUAAUACUGACCUGCCCCAGCCAUCCUUACAUGCAUGCAUGCAUACAUACAUACUAUACAUGACCAAAGGUAUGUGGACACCUGCUCAUCGAACAUCUCAUUCCAAAAUCAUGGGCAUUAAUAUGGAGUUGGUCCCCACCUUUGCUGCUUUAAAAGCCUCCACUCCUCUGGGAAGGCUUUCCACUAGAUGUUGGAACAUUGCUGCGGGGUAUUGCUUCUAUGCAGCCACAAAAGCAUUAGUGAGGUUGGGCAAUUAGGCCUGGCUUGCAGUCGGGGUUCCAAUUCAUCCCAACGUUGUUCGAUGGGGUUGAGGUCAGGGCUCUGUGCAAGCUAGUCAAGUUCUACCACACCAAUCUCGACAAACCAUUUCUCCAUGGACCUUGCUUUGUGGAUGGGGGUAUUGUCAUGCUGAAACAAAGGUCCUUCCCCAAACUGUUGCCACAAAGUAAAAAGCACAGAAUGUCAUUGUAUGCUGUAGCAUUAAGAUUUUCCUUCACUGGAACCAAGGGGCCUAGCCCGAACCAUGAAAAACAGCCCCAGACCUUUUUUCCCCCUCCACCAAACUUUACAGUUGGCACUAUGCAUUCGGGCAGGUAGUGUUCUCCUGGCAUCUACCGAACCCAGAUUAGUCCGUCGGACUGACAAAUGGUGAAGCCUGAUUCAUCAAUCCAGAGAACGCAUUUCUACUGCUCCAGAGUCCAAUGGCGGCGAGCUUUACACCACUCCAGCCGACGCUUGGCAAUGCACAUGGUAAUUUUAGGCUUGUGUGCGUGCGGCUGCUCGGCCAUGGAAAUCCAUGUCAUGAAGCUCCCGAUGAACAGUUCUUGUGCUGACAUUGCUUCCAGAGGAUUUUUGGAACUCUGUAGUGUUUGUCUAUGGAGAUUGCAUGGCGGUAUGCUCGAUUUUGUACACCUGUCAGCAACUGGUAUGGCUGAAAUAGCCAAAUCCACUAAUUUGAAGGGGUGUCCACAUACUUCUACCAGUACACACGUUUAAUGGGAAGAGAACCAUUAUCUACUCACACAUUAUUAUUGUUAUUAUUGUUCAUUGCACAAGAAAAGAUGUGAACUCCACAUCCCGGAUUGCCAUGGUCUUAUUCAAAUCCAUGUGUAAGGAUUUGCACUUUUAAGUAGAAAACUAUUUAAGUUAUUUGAAAUUAAUUGCAAAUGUUAUGGG